AUUCCAGUCCUCCUUCUUUCAUUCUUUCAUUCCGCAGCCUUUCGAGCAAUCGUGCAAAUUUGUUAUUGCAGGUGUAAAGAAAAAUGGAAAACGAUUUGGGCAGCCUGGUCGACUUGUACAUCCCUCGAAAAUGUUCGGCGAGUAAUCGCAUCAUCCAUGCCAAAGAUCAUGCAUCUAUACAGUUGACUUUGGCCGAUGUUGAUCCAGAAACAGGUCGCAUGACCGAUACUCACAAAAUGUAUGCAAUCUGUGGAGCAAUUCGUCGAAUGGUAGGUUUUUAUGUUCAUGGAGAAUCCGAUGAUUGUAUCGUAAGAUUGACGAAGAACGAUGGAUUAUUAUCUAAGAACUUUUAAUCUAAGUUAUAUGACAAGUCUAUUUCCAAUAAAUUAAAAAAAUAUAAAACGGA